CGCAUCCACAAGAAAAUACACACAAUGUCGCCUCAUCCUCUAGUCACCUCCCCCUCGCCUGCACCCGAGCCACGCCCAUCCUCCUAUUUCCAAUCUACUCCGGUCAGCCAAGCCAUGAUCAAGCAAAAGGAGCUUCUUCUCCACCUGUAUGCUUACCAGCACCUCCAGGGAAGACCAAAUGGUAACCAGAGAGUCAUAGUGGAUCCAGAGCUUCCCGGGCAUUUCGGCACCCUCGCUGCCAAUGACUGGACCAUAUACGAUGGCCCGGCUGAUGGCCCCGAUGCAAAUCUUGUUGCGCGUGCUCAAGGUUUGCACAUUGGGGCUCAGAUGGCUAAAGAAAGCUAUUUCAUCUGUUUUAACAUGGUGUUCGUCGAUCCGAGGUUUAUGGGCUCCAGUUUCAAGGUGAUGGGGGAUUUUCAAGCAAAUGAAGGCGAGUGGGCAAUCGUCGGCGGGACCGGAGAGUUUGCGUAUGCACAAGGUGUCAUCACUUACAAGAAGACCCAAUUGGCAACAGGAGGAAAUAUGAGAGAACUUCAUGUUCGUGCUUUGUGCCUUUCCUUGUCAAAAUCAGCGGAAACGCCUUGCUCUGACUCGAGCAUACCGGAUGUACCGGAGAUACCGGAUGUACCUGAGACACCGAAGACACCGGAUGUACCUGAGACACCGAAGACACCGGAUGUACCGGACAUACCCAAACCUGUGCACAUCCCUGUGGUAAAGAUUGGGCCAUGGGGUAAAACUAGUACUGGGGAAUUCCUCGACGUCCCAGCGAUACCGCGACGUCUAGAAAGUGUGACGAUUCGUCAUAGUCCUCACAUCGUGUCGCUUGCAUUUUCUUUCACCGACCAAGCCGGUGAAAAGCAUACCGUUGGUCCGUGGGGUGGCCAGGGCCUACCCCCCAAUCUGUAUAGUAAGGAGACGAUCGAGCUUGGUCCUUCGGAGUUCGUAACAGAAAUCCAUGGGACGCUUUCUGAACCACUGGCCGCUCAAUAUCAUACUGUAAUAGCAUCACUAGAAAUUACCACCAAUGUCAGAACGUACGGGCCUUUCGGAUCACGAUUUCUGCAGCCUUUCAGUGUUCCGGUGCAUGGCAACAAUAGCAUCAUAGGUUUCUUUGCGCGCGCUGGGAAAUACGUGGAGGCACUUGGGGUUUAUGUGGGUCCAUCUGUUUCAAACUAGUCUCCCAAUGUUUCUUACUGCAGAGAUGCCUUCACUUUCCAUCUCACAACAAUAAGGGACACAUAUUUUCUGUUUCUGGUGCAAUGUCUUUUCUUUAAUCAUGCUCUUGUGAUCAUCCCCUAGUUUAUUGGUAUGCAAAAUAAGGUUAUGCCCUAUGUCAAAGUUUGUGAAUCCAUAAUUUUCUGUUAUUGUACGGUGAUCUGUAUAUAUAUGGAGGUACAUGGAGGAGGAAGAGACUUGGAGUCUAA